AUGGAUAAGUUUUGGGAACAUGUACAACAACUUGGGCCGAGCCGUUUUAAAUGCAAUUAUUGUGAACUUGACUACUCUGGUAGUGUUACUCGAGUGAAGGCCCAUUUGGCUUGCUUGACUGGCCAUGAUUUUCAAAUUUGUACUAAAGUCCCUGACCAUGUUCAAGUUGAAGCCAGUGCAGAAAUGAAUUUGAGUGCAUCUAAAAAGAAAAGGAUGAAUGAGACCCUAAAAAGUGGAAUUGGUUCCACAAAUUCUCAUGGUAGGAGCAUUCAUCAAACCACAAUGGUAGAGUUGAUUGCUCAACAAGACAAGAAGUCAUUAGAAAAUAUGAUAGGAGAAUUUUUUGUUAAGAAUAACAUUUCUUUCAAUGUUAUUCAGACAGAAUCUUUUAUUCAAAUGAUGAAAGGUGCUUGUGCCUAUGGUCAGGGUUUUGUUAUUCCUAGUUGCUCUACUCUUCGUACCCGUUUGAUUCCUGAAGCUAAGGUAGAGAUCAUGGAAUAUGUGAGCAACAUAAAGUCAACAUGGGGUGGCACAGGUUACACAAUAAUGUCUGAUUCUUGGAUUGACCUAAAGAAGAGGUCUUGGGUCAAUGUGAUAGCUUAUUCUCCUGGUGGGGCUGUAUUCCUGAAGUAUAAUGAUGCUAACUAUAAUUGUUAUGGUGAUAUGUUGAUUGAAAAAUGGUCUCACAUGCAUCGGACAAAUUAUGCUGCACAUGGGAUUAAUUUACUUUUAAAGGAUAUCCAUAAGCAUGUUAGAUGGGUGAGGGAAAUUAUUGAUGAUGGUAAACAUGUAGUGGAUUAUAUGCAUAGGCACACAGUUGUUAUAGCCUUAAUGAGGGAAUUCACAAAUGACAAAGAGAUUAAGCAACCUUGCAAGACAAGGUUUGCUACUAAUUUUUUAAAGCUCCAAUCUCUUAUUGUAGUUGAGAAUAAGUUAAGGCUAUUGGUUGCAUUAUCUGAAUGGAGAGGCUUCUAUUGCAAUAGAGUUGAAAUAACAUUAAAAACUGUUAGGAUAAUUCAAUCUGAUAUAUUCUGGGACGAGGCAAAGGAGGUUAUUGCUUUUAUAGAUCCUCUCAUUAGGAUUCUUCGUCUUGUUGAUUCAGAUGGUUCCACUGCAUGUUACUUGUAUGAAGCAACUGUUAGGGCAAAAGAAAAAUUAAGAAAGUUAAAGGAGAGUGAUGGAGUAAAGUACUUUACCAUAUUGGAUUUGUUUGAUACAAUGGUGGAAAAGAAUAUAAUUCAUCUUGUUCAUGUGCUUGCUGCAGCUUUAAAUCCUAAUAAUUUGUUUGAUGGUGGACUUUUUAUUGAGACAAAUUUGGUGAGAAUAUAUGGGUGGUUAUCUUCCUGUGGUUCAAAAGGUUGUUUGCAGAAUCUUAAGCUAACCUUGCAGUUCCUCUCCUUGCGAGAGGAAUUGGAGUGCUUAGGACGUAAGGACGCAGCACAAACAAAGAAGAGGAACAGAUUAACUCCAGAAAUGUUAGAAGAUUUGGUAUACAUUAGAAUGAAUUCUUUGAUAAAGGAGAAGUAUGAAAGCCGAGCAAUUUACGAUACAAAACCUAUUGACCUAAAGAAACUUGGUGAUUUGCCUGAUGUAAACAUUGAUUUGGAGACAGAGAGACUCGAAGAGACAUAUGUUGAACCUAUUCAUGAUCAAACUAACUCUAUAUUAUGA